AUGGAGUGCGUAGUUCAGGGGAUUAUAGAGACCAAGCAUGUUGAGGCUCUUGAGAUUCUUCUUCAAGGGCUCUGUGGAGUUCAGCGAGAGAGCCUGAGGAUUCAUGAAUUGUGUCUGAAAAGUGUUCCGAAUCUUGGAUUAGUCUCUUCUGAACUCCGACUUCUGUGUGAUCUUGAGCAACCCGAACCCACUUGGACCGUCCGCCACAUAGGUGGUGCCAUGAGGGGUGCAGGGGCCGAGCAAAUUUCGGUGCUGGUGAGGACUAUGGCUGAAAGCAAGGUAAGUAAAAACGCGCUCCGUUUGUUUUAUGCACUCGGGUACAAAUUGGACCACGAGCUGCUUAGGGUGGGGUUCGCCUUCAAUUUCCACCGAGGGGCCCACAUAACGGUGACCGUGUCUUCUGUCAAUAAAAUGUUGAAACUUCACGCAACCGACGAGGCAGUGCCGGUAACGCCGGGCAUACAGCUGGUCGAGGUCACAGCUCCGGCCUCGUCCGAGAAUUACACUGAGGUUUCCGCGGCUGUUUCGUCUUUUUGUGGAUAUCUUGCACCGUUACUCCAUCUAUCGAAACCUGGCGUCUCGACCGGAGUUGUCCCCACUGCCGCCGCAGCUGCAGCUUCUCUGAUGUCGGAUGGUGGAGGCACAUCAAUUUAA